AUGAGUUCUACCUUGGACUCUCCCGUUCUAACUCCAUCGACUCCGUCUGAUCCACUUCCUCUCCGCAGCUGCACCUUUUGCCGCCAGCGAAAAGUCAAAUGCGAUCGUCAAAAGCCCUGCUCUAAUUGUCUCCGCGCUAAUAAUGUCUGCUCAUAUCCCGCUGGUCGUGGUAGGGCUGCUAAGAAGCCUACACGGACGUUGGAUACUCGUCUUGUGGAUCGGCUCCAAAAAUUGGAAAACAUCAUCAAGCAACUUACUAGCCAGGUCGAUGCCACAGCAAAUGCUCUGCCAUCUAGUAAUGGUACAGAUGGAGAAAGUGUAUCGACACCCAGUGGCACGAGGAAUAACCCGUCCGGAGUGGACAAUUCUGCUCCUGAUGCUUCCAUCGAUCAGCAGCUUGGUCGUCUGAUGAUAGAGGAUAGCAAGAGCUACUACGUCAGUAACAUUCUAUGGGCCAACCUAGGAAACGAAGUAAGUACUCCAGCACCAAACUUACUUAUCGCAGCUGCUAAGUUGCCUGAUAUUCAGAUCGAGGAAUUACGCGACAUGCUACACGACCCUCCAUCUGAAGAGGAUGUCGACAAUCCUCUUGAUGCAUCUGGGCCCAUGCCAGAAGUGGCCUCGCCUCUUGGAACAAGCGCUUCAGUCUUUGGAUAUCGCUCCCUCUGUAAUUCUCUUCUUCCCUACCACCCGCCUAUGCACCUCUCAGUCACUCUCUUGAACAUCUUCAUCGAGAAUGUCCUUCCGCUGGUGCAUAUCUUCCAUAUGCCCUCGACAGAACAGUGGUUCUGGGACUCCAUCAUUUCACUUGAUACACUUGAUAGAAACUCAGAAGCAUUGCUAUUUGCCAUCUACUACUCAUCUGUCAUCAGCAUGGAUGAAGCCCAGUGCUUGGGCGUCCUCGGAGAGUCACGUUCUACCUCGCUUAACAAGUUCCGCUUUGCGGUCGAGCAAGCCAUGGCUCGCGCGAACUUGCUCAAUACGCAGAGCUUGGUUCUCCUCCAGGCUGCUGUUCUGUUCCUCUCAGGCCUACGAAACGAAGAUGACUCUAGAACGACAUGGUCUUUGACGUCGCUAGUGUUUCACAUCUCCCAGGCUAUGGGUCUGCAUCGUGACGGAACAACAUUUGGUCUCAAACCAUUCGAUACUGAGCUUCGGAGACGGCUCUGGUGGCAUAUAUGUCUCCUAGACAUGCGCUCCUCUGAGUUCCAUGGAUAUGAACCUAUAGCGCGAGGCGACAUGUUUGACACAAAGCUUCCCCUCAACAUCAAUGAUAGCGAUAUCACCCCCCAUAUGACGGAAUCUCCUAAAGAUCAUGAAGGAUACACUCAAAUGACGUUCUGUCUUAUCCGUUGCGAGGUGAUGAAAGCGGGUUGGAAGGUUGGAUAUGCAUCACCAACUCCAAGCUCGACAGCCGCUGCAGCACGAGGUGGCGGUGAACUAAUCGUUCAAGAGCUCAAGAGCCGAUUAGAGGAACGCUAUCUACGUUACUGUGAUGAAUCCGUACCAUUCAUGCUGUUUACAUCAAAGGUCGCCCAACUCAUCGUUGCCCGUACAGGGCUCAUCGUUGACUUCCCAAGGAAGCAAAGGGAAGCAUACACCUCGACCGUCAUCCGAGAUCAACUGUUUUCCACCUCAAUGGAGGUUCUCGAACUUUCAAGUUUCAUCUUGACAAAUACCAGUAUUUCGAAGUGGACGUGGCACUCUAAAGCGCAUAUCCAGUGGCAUGCAGCCAUCUUUGUCCUGUCUGAGAUAUGUUCUCGUCCUGCGUCUACGGAAUGCGACCAGGCUUGGGAAUUUAUCAACACGGUUCAUAAUCGCUGGGGUAUGAACGAAAAGGGUAAGAGAGGGAACCUCUGGCGGCCUGUUCAGAGACUCAUGGUUAAAGCUCGUUAUGUAAGGGAGAUGCAACAGCUGGAUCCUGGUUUUUAUCUUGCUGGAAGAAUGACUAUGUCUGAUACGACGUCCGUGCAGGCUGGGAGGGUUAGAUUGCAGUGGGAAACUCCAGAUUCAUACGUUACGUCUAAUAUUGCAAGCCCAAGUGAGUAUAUGGAUUGGAUAAUUGGAGAUCUAGGGAUAGACCUAUAG